AUCUUGUAACUCUGCUGAUAUUUAACUGUUUGUGGUUUUUGUGUCUGUGUGUGUUGCAGAUAUAUGAUGGGAGUCAAUCUAGGGGGCAGAGAUAAUUCGUUCAUGGAUGAUGGCUACCAAGUCAAUCCCAAACUUGUUGUCAUUGUUCUGAACACGCAGAGGGAAUGGGAGAAGAUGGGGCGAUGGGAAAACCACACGUUGAAGUUGAAGUUUCCAGUUUGGCCACGUUAUAAUUCAUUCGGGGACAUAGACGCUGAUGAGAACCACUUGAGCAUUGUGACUCUAGAGGAAAGACCCUUUGUUAUAGUGGAUGAUGUGGACAUUCUUACUGGCACAUGCACGCGUAACUCUGUACCUUGCCGGAAACACAUUAAAGAUAAUAUCACAGAGGGCUCCUAUAUCAAGAAGUGCUGCAAGGGCUUUUGUAUAGACAUCCUGAAGAAGAUUGCCAGAAAUGUAAAGUUCACCUAUGAUCUUUACCUGGUCACAAAUGGCAAACAUGGAAAGAAGAUCAAUAAUGUGUGGAACGGCAUGGUGGGGGAGGUAGUCUAUAAAAAGGCUAUAAUGGCUGUGGGCUCAUUGACCAUAAAUGAAGAGCGGUCAGAGGCCAUAGACUUCUCUGUCCCAUUUGUCGAGACAGGCAUAAGCGUAAUGGUGUCACGUAACAAUGGAACGGUGUCACCCUCUGCGUUUCUAGAACCCUUCAGUGCUUCAGUGUGGGUUAUGAUGUUUGUCAUGUUACUCAUCGUCACAGCAAUCGCUGUUUUCCUCUUUGAAUUCAUCAGUCCGCUCGGUUUCAAUAGAAACUUAGCACAGGGCAAAGACCCUCAUGGACCCUCCUUCACCAUUGGUAAGGCUAUCUGGCUGCUGUGGGGUCUGGUGUUCAACAACUCUGUCCCAGUACAGAACCCCAGGGGCACUACCAGUAAAUUUAUUGUGUCCAUUUGGGCCUUUUUCGCUGUGAUCUUCCUGGCCAGCUACACUGCCAACUUGGCUGCCUUUAUGAUCCAAGAGGAGUUUGUGGAUCAAGUCACAGGGCUCAGUGACAGAAAGUUUCAGAGCCCCUAUUCCUAUUCACCACCGUUUCGCUUCGGAACCGUGCCUAAUGGGAGCACAGAGCGAAACAUCAGGAAAAACUACCCAGACAUGCACCAAUACAUGGUGAAAUACCAUCAGACUGGAGUUCAGGAUGCACUGGUCAGCCUCAAGACAGGUAAACUGGAUGCUUUCAUAUAUGACGCUGCUGUGCUCAACUAUAUGGCGGGGCGUGAUGAUGGCUGUAAGCUAGUAACUAUUGGCAGUGGCUACAUCUUUGCCACAACAGGAUAUGGCAUUGCCCUGCAGAAAGGAUCCUACUGGAAACGUCUGGUUGACCUUGCUAUCCUCGGGAUCAUUGGAGAUGGUGAGAUGGAAGAGCUGGAGGCCCAGUGGCUGACUGGUAUCUGUCAUAAUGAGAAGAAUGAAGUGAUGAGCAGUCAGCUGGAUGUGGAUAAUAUGGCUGGUGUGUUCUAUAUGCUUGCGGCUGCCAUGGCUCUGUCGCUAAUUACUUUUGUCUGGGAGCACCUCUUCUACUGGAGGCUACGUUACUGUUUCAAUGGUCUCUGUUCUGGUCGGCCAGGAGUUCUCUUCACUAUCAGCAGGGGGAUUUGGAGCUGUAUUCACGGUGUCCAUAUUGAGAUGAAGAAAACCCCAGAGUUGGGCUUCAGUCCUCAGGCCAACAUGUUACUGUAUGACAUCAGCGAAGAUCAAUUCCUCUAUCCAGAUGGACGGGGCACUGGUGGCAGAAGUGUUGACAGGGCCUUCUCUCCUUUUCUCCCUCAGCCUGAUGCUUCCUUCACAGCCUAUCUUCCCCAGAGUGACCAAGAAGGCGAUGGUCUUAUUAGUCACUACCAGAAUGAGGGUAUAAUCAUCCGCCAGCACUCAUAUGAGAAUCUGCCCCAGAAGAGUUCCUCACGGCGGGUCAGUCUGCAGGACAACACGCCAUACGCCAAUGUUCCCUCGGCGACUCUGAUCCCGGACAAGCCCCCAAAAAAUCAGUCGGUUCACCUAAACCACACGCUCGCGGGGGUGGGUGUCAGCGGACUCGGGAUUGGUCGUCGCAGCAAGUCAAUGUAUCCGGCACGUCCAACUGAAAACCCAUUUCUCCAGACGCUUCGUGACGACCAGCGUCUAGCUCACGGCCGCAGCUCCACAGACAUUUAUAAGCAGCUUGUGCCGCUCACAUUAGGCCAGGCUGAUGGCAAUGUGCUCGGCAUGGGGAUUCCAACCCCUGAACUUUAUUAUUCUGAGCAUGUCAUGCCUUAUGUAGCCCCUCCCCCUGUCGCCACAUACACCACUCCCAGAGCAAUGAGCGCUGGGGGAGCUCGGCGUGUCUACAAGAGGAUGCCAAGCAUUGAAUCUGAUGUCUGAUAGAGAGAGUGCAACGAGGUCUGGAAGACUAUGAAAAGUCAUGCAUGGAUAUUUCCACCAGGAUAUGGCUUAAUCGUGGAACUCUUGGCUGGAUUGUAAAGCUUUUUGACUAUAAGGCAAGCAAGUCUGGAAUAUAUUUUGUUUCCCUUCUUGGACUUAUCUGUCUGAACAGAAGUCAGAGUUCAACUUUACAUCAGGUCCUCCCCUCUAGUCGAGCGGCAGCUCUGUGUCUUCCAGUAAACAUCAAAAAUGGUGGGCAGGACGCUCUUGCGCCUUUGAAUGAAGGAAGAGCAGCAAAAGCUGCUUGGAAGUACAGGGGCAGCUCCAAAGAGUUUCCUUUUUCACGCAACACAAGCCACCAAAAAAAUUUAAUAUAUAUAAACAUACAUGAAUAUCCACAUUCUGCACUUUUACACACAAAAAUACACAUGCACAUGCAAGAGGCACAAACAAAACAUGAUCUCAAACUACUGAAAGGACGACGUUAGGUAUAAAAUAGAAUCUCUUGACCAAAACAAAAGGAAUACCACAUACAAAGUAAUAGCAUAAAUGACAGGAGUGUACUUGCACACAAUCACAUGCUCUGAAAUAAAAAAAUUGUUUAGCAGAUCCAAACCUGAUUGAGUUUUUGGAAAGGCAGCAGAACAUCUGUUACACUGUUUGAACAGCUUAUAAAUGCAUGUACAAAUGCAUUUCGAUGUAAAAGCUGCACUGAGGCACGGUCCUCAAAGACUGUUCAGAGUUCAAAGAUUAGAUUUCCAUUCCAGCCUGAACUGUGACAAAAUGCACUACCUGUAUGAUUAGUCUCGGGUGUAAUCUCUGAAAUCAAGUAUGUUGGGGAAUUUCAGAGAAGGUAAACUCGGUGCUCACAAGACCUGCGACUCGUUCGUGUCUCUGACGACACCAAGUGGAAAAAGUAUUUGACCCUCCCCACCCUUGAAUCUGUCCGUACCUUGCCUGCAUGCAGAAUGCAAAUGCAGGAAGACACUUCUCUGCUCACAGCACAAGAGUGUAGUAAGAUUCAAUGUUCAUUCAUCUAAAUUUUCAUUAAUCUAAAUUCUUGAGCAUAUUUCUAUAGUUGUCUAGAAUAUUGAAAAAAGUGAUAGUCAAUUUAUACACAGUUUUAUACACUGCCAAAUAUUUGGAAAAGGUGUGCAAAGUAUAUUUAUUGUGUUAUAGAAAAGAAGACGGCAGGAAAAGAAAUGAAGGGAAGUGACAGAAAAAUAGGUAUACUGUCUUUUUGUGUUCAUAAGGGACUCAGAGGAGGCAUAGACAAGGUAAAAGCCCACACCAACUAAUGAUGUCAAUACAGAACCACCGAGAUAUAAAAAAUUACUUAUUGCCUCGAUCACACAAACACAUCACUUCCUGUAGAAUCAAACCACACACUCAUACUUCACAAAAAAUUGUGGUUGUUUUGAAUAUAAUGGUCGUUCCAGCGAUAUGCACAAUAUCAGGUUGCAAUAUUAUAUUUAUGUAUGAAAUUUUCCUAGUUUUAAUAUGUUUUAUUAUUCAUUCCUUUCAUUUUAUGAAUUGUUAUA